AUGACUUUUAACAAAAAUGUAAAAUUUAGAUCUUGUACCUUAAAAACCUUUAACUUUUCAUUGCCUUAUAACAUGUUAAAAAUAGAGCUCUAUAGUAAUCUGGCAUGGCUUUUCAUCUAUACGACCUAUAUCAUAGGUAUUGUUUCUGUAUACCUGGCUAAUUUUUGUCUUCCACAGAUGCUAAGGUAUGGCAAGGCUCUUCCUGCGAACGACAAUUCAAGCGGAAAUAAAGCUGUCAAAUGGUUUUUUGGUUUGAAGGUCCCACACAAUUACUUUACCCAUUUCUAUGCUAACGGGUUAGUUUUAUCCCUUAUUAACGCAUUUCUGUUUCCAAGCCAGCUGCUUGUGUGGCUGCUGGUGAUUCAUACCGUGAGAAGGCUUGCUGAAUGUCUCCUAUGCACGAAUUGGGGAAGUAAUUCUCAAAUACAUGUAGCACAUUACCUGGUUGGCCUCUGGUUUUAUACUACCUUAAAUCUCAGUAUUUACCUCGGACUGGCAGAUUCUACGGAAUUAACAAUACGUGGUGAAAUGCAUACAGUAAAGCUGAUAGCAGUCCUUUUGUUCGCAGUGUUUUCGUUUGACCAAUCCUUCAAUCAUUUACAUCUAUCAACGCUAGUUAAGUACUCAUUGCCUACUCGGGGCUUGUUCAAAUGGAUCGCCUGUGCUCAUUACUUCGAUGAACUUAUGAUAUACAUAUCGCUGUUCAUCGUCAACAAGAACACGAGACUCGCAACAGGUAUGUCCGUUAUAUGGGUGAUUAGUAACCUAGGUGUAAGUGCAGUCCAGACCAAGAGCUACUAUGAAUCAAAGUUUAAAGAUUGUGUACGGCCUAAAUAUGCAAUGAUACCAUUUGUACUAUAA